GACAGUCGGAUGCUGUGGCUGGGAGCCCCCACUGUUAACUGAGCACGUAGGACCCGGGAGAGGAGAAUGGACACGGAAGGAAAGGAAUUGGAGAGCAUUUGAUACCAAAUCGGGACACAUGUUGAGUUAACGGGCUCACUCCACCACCCUCCCCCUCAUAAGCUUUCUAGAUUUCUCAUUUUCCAGUUGUAGACUAUUCUGUCGAAGUAUUGCCAGCGACCCGCUUCGUUUUUGAUCUCACAGCCACCCUACAUUUUUCUGGGACUAUGGAUCUUAGUAAAAUGGCUGUGAGCAUCAACAAGGCCAUCAACACGCAGGAGGUCGCCGUCAAAGAGAAGCAUGCCAGGACCUGUAUCCUGGGGACCCACCAUGAGAAGGGCGCCCACACUUUCUGGGCGGCGGUCAACCGGCUGCCGCUCUCCAGCAAUGCGGUGCUCUGCUGGAAGUUCUGCCACGUCUUCCACAAGCUGCUGCGAGACGGCCAUCCCAACGUGAUAAAGGACUCGAUGAGGAACAAGGCUGACUUGAGUGACAUGAGCAGAAUGUGGGGUCACCUGAGUGAAGGCUAUGGGAAGUUGUGCAGCAUCUACCUCAAACUGCUUAUCACCAAGAUGGAGUUCCACGUCAAAAAUCCCCGUUUCCCCGGCAACCUUCAGAUGUCAAACAGGCAGCUUGACGAGGCAGGAGAGAACGACGUCAACAACUUCUUCCAGUUGACAGUGGAGAUGUUCGACUACCUGGAGUGUGAGCUCAACCUCUUCCUGGGUGUGUUCAGCUCCUUGGACAUGUCGCGGUCUGUGUCGGUGACGGCGGCGGGCCAGUGUCGCCUGGCUCCCCUGAUCCAGGUCAUCCUGGACAGCAGCCACCUCUACGACUACACCGUCAAGCUGCUCUUCAAGCUGCAUUCCUGCCUUCCUGCUGACACACUCCAGGGCCACAGAGACCGCUUCCAGGAGCAGUUCAAGAAGCUGAAGAGUCUGUUCUACCGCUCCAGUAACCUGCAGUACUUCAAGAGGCUCAUUCAGAUCCCACAGUUACCCGAGAACCCACCUAACUUCCUGCGGGCGUCGGCGUUGUCGGAGCACAUCAGUCCCGUGGUAGUCAUCCCAGCUGAGUCGUCCUCCCCCGAGACGGAACACAUGGUGGACCUGGUGACAGAGGACCUAGUGGACACCGACAUCCCCGUCCAGCCGGCUGCUGUGGUAGAGCCCAGGUUUGACGACCUCUUUGGCACAUCCGCCGCCACGGACCCCUUCAAUUUCAACAGUCAGAACGGGAUGCGCAAGGAUGACAAGGACCGCCUGAUCGAGCAGCUGACACGGGAGAUCCAGGCCCUCAGGGAGGAACUGGAGUCCUUCAGAUUGGAGAGUGGGCGUCUGUGCCAGGCGCUGCGGGGGCGUGUCAAUGAGCUGGAGGCGGAGCUAGCAGAGCAGAGCCACUUGAGAAUGCAGGCAUUGGGAGAGAGCGAGUUCCUGAGGGUGGAGCUUGACGACCUGCGCCGGGUCAAAGAAGACACGGAGAAAGAGCAGCGAAGCCUCACCGAGAUCGAGAGGAAAGCGGUGGCCAACGAGCAGCGCUACACCAAGCUGAAGGAGAAGUACACAGAGCUGGUGCAGAGUCACGCUGACCUGCUGAGGAAGAAUGCGGAGGUGACUCGUCAGGUGACGGAGGCGCGGGCGGCUCGGGACGAAGUGGACAGCGUGAGGAGAGAGAUGCAGGAGAAGGUCAAGGCUGCCCAGGAGGCCACAGAGAGCCGGAUGACUUCAAAUGAGCAGGAACAGGUGGAGCAGCUGCAGGAGCUGCAGAGAGAGCUGAUCUCCAGCAGGGCGGCGCUAGACACCCUGAAAAGCACCAUGGCCUCGUCCCAACAGUCGAGUGAGGAGCUCAGUUCUCAGCUCUCGACUGUGGAAUCGGAGAAGGUGGAGCUAGCAGAAUCCUUGUCGAAGAAAGAGGAGGAGCUUGCAGGCCUGGGGGAGGAGCUAGAGCGUGUUCAGAGCAGCCUGGCCGGUGAGAGGGAGAACGGAGUGAAGACUGCCGAGGCCCUACAGAACCAACUCAAUGAGAAGGAGAGCAGGGAGCAGGCCCUGGAGAGCCAGCUGGUGGCAGCCCGCUGGUCCACCCUACAGGGGGCUGUGGAGGAGGCAGAGAGGAUAGUCCAAGACUCACUGGCCCAGCUUGACGACCCAGCACACAUCAGCUGCACCAGCUCUGCAGACUACCUGGCGUCCAGGUGUCAGGCCUCUCUGGACUGUAUGGACAGACUUCACUCUGCCAGAGACGGCUACCUGGCAGACAACACAGGUUUGUCGGAGCUGGUGCGGGCAAUAACCCAUCUUGCCCACCUGGUGGGCGACACCAUUGUUCAGGGCAGUGCCACCUCUCACAUGGUACCAGUGGAGCAAGCGGACGCGUUGUCAGACAGUGUGAAGGCGUGUGGGGCCGAGGCCCUGACCCUGCUGGGUCAGAUGAAGGAGCAGGAAAGCCUGGCUACGGCAGACAGCGCCACACUGAGGGCAGCACUGGAUGGCAUCCUGGCCACCGCAGAGAAACUGCGCCCUCGGGGUCUGGAGCUGCAGCAGGGGGAGCUGGGAGAUCUGGUGGAGCAGGAAAUGGCUGCCACAUCGGCCGCCGUGGAGUCAGCAGCCGCCAGGAUAGAGGACAUGCUCAAUAAGUCGCGUGCAGUCGACACAGGGGUUAAGAUGGAGGUCAACGAGAGGAUCCUGGCCUCCUGUACAGACCUGAUGCAGGCCAUCAAAGUGCUCGUGCUGUCUUCCAAAGAUCUGCAAAGGGACAUUGUAGAGAGUGGCAGGGGGGCAGCAUCCAUGAAGGAGUUCUAUGUCAAGAACUCUCGCUGGACAGAAGGCCUGAUCUCAGCCUCCAAAGCCGUGGGCUGGGGCGCCACAGUCAUGGUAGAUGCAGCAGACCUGGUGGUGCAGGGCAAGGGCAAGUACGAGGAGCUAAUGGUGUGUUCGCAUGAGAUCGCAGCCAGCACUGCACAACUGGUGGCCGCAUCCAAGGUGAAGGCAGACAAAGACAAUGCCAACCUGGGCCGCCUGAAGCUGGCAUCCAAAGGGGUCACACAGGCCACCGCUGGGGUUGUAGCCUCCACCAAGUCCGGGAAGUCCCAGAUUGAGGAGAAAGACACCAUGGAUUUCUCCAGUAUGACCCUCACUCAGAUCAAGAGGCAGGAAAUGGACUCACAGGUUUCGGUUCUAGAGCUGGAAACAAAGCUGCAGAAGGAGCGAGAGCGUCUUGGAGAGCUAAGGAAGAAGCACUACGAGCUGGCCGGGGUGGCCGAGGGCUGGGGGGAGGAGGACGAAGGUACAGGUUGAGGUCUGUUCCCCACUACUCCUCCAACCACAAGACUGACUUCUCUCUCGCUCUGCCUCUUGCCCCAUUUAUACACUCUUCGGUCUUUCUCUUCCUUUAUUUUUAUGAAAGCCAAAUAAAAAGGUGCUUUUUAAAAAUGAUCUUCUUGCGCCCAGCGGCUUCUAAUUGGACAGUGAUGAGGAGGGAAAGUAAAGGGGGAUGGAUUGACUACCUGCCUGGCCCCUCCCACUCGACUGUUGAGGAAUAGCACACCUGCUGAUGGAUCCUCUGUCUUCUACCAAGUAUUUAUGUCAGUUCUCCAACGGUUCCCUUUGUCCCAGUCGGAGCACCACCAGUGUGACUGUGGCGCGAACCACCACGAGCACAAGUUCUUCACUACCAGACAUCCUAGGAUGCAUUGCACAAACGCCAAUCCCUCAUUAGAGGGAGACUUGACUGAUUGCCACUUAGGCCGCACCCCUUGCCCUCCCCCUGUCUACCCAUGUAGACAGGCGCGUGUUUUUCUCCCACUAAACGGUUGUGCUGUGUUGUUAUUCUAAGUCCUAGGGUUGUUAACUUGUACCCUGUGUUAGAGGGAGAGUGAAUCCUUUCCUUCCCUCCCUGCCUCUCCAGUUCUCUUUCCUCUCACUGUGAGAUUUUACCUCUCUAACCCAAACCCCAUCUGAGCUAUACGCCCACCGGGAUACGGAUGAUGCCUUUUCGCCUCCUGUUUUAAAGACCAUGAUGACUUGUUGUUGUUAUUAUUAUUAUUAUUAUUAUUAUUAUUAUUAUUAGAGUUGACUGUUUAGACACCCAGCUACCCUGAGGAUACACAAAAAAAGACCUGGCCCUGCAGUGAGCUCUCUGUUGGAAUGAAUGUGGCGUGUCUGAGCAGCCAGAGAGGACUGUUGCUGGAGUUUAAGCUAGAGAUGAAGUGGUGUGUGUGUGUGAGACGGUCUGGGGCUGCUUUGAACCGCUUGUUGUGUUCAUUAGGCACAACAUGGAAGAAAACCGAGUGAAUCGAAAAGAUACUACCUGAACCAAUAUCCUGUCCAAUAAGAAACGCUUGUUUUCGCUUUCAAAACGGUAUGCUACGCCGUGUGGCUCUGAGCUUCCUGGUCUCUGUAAAGUGGGUGGAAAAUGGACUUCCAUAAGCUGAUGUCUGAUCAUAUACCCUUCUCCGAGGCACUCCCCCUCAUUGAUUUGAAAGGAAUGUAAGAAAUAUGGUGGAGUGAACAAGUAAUAUGCAGAAAUGUAGGGAAUUGGAAUGCAGCCCUACACACCCACACUGCUGGGUUCUUAUCAGCUUCCCCAGACGACGUAGCUGUAAAGCCUAGACAGGGGAACUGACAACUUCCAUCAUCACCAUCCGUCUACACUAGCAAUAACACCUGGGCCGUGUUCAUUAGGCACCAAACGGAAGAAAACGGACUGAAACGGGGAGGGUAUACCUGGACCUGUCCAAUAUGUUACAUUGUCACAAGAGCGCAGUGUUUCACAGCAGAGCUACCACAUUACAGAGACAAAUCAUACAUUCUCCUCCUUCUCUCUUGCCAGUAGUCACUAGUGCUCUUCAAUCUGGCUUUAUGAAAAGAAAUGGGAACAUCGUAUGUUGUCGAGUACACCAUGAGUUAGAUUAGUAGGGUUUCAUCCAGUAUUUGUUUUUCUUUCAAAUACUUUAGCUGUGCUUGAUUGAGCUUGCCUGGCGCAAUGGAACCAAUGAAAUAGUCCCAAAUGUGCUUCAAAACACACCCAUAUGGCACUCCAGUCAGGCUCAAUGAAACACAAUGCAAUGCAAUUCAAAAAGUAUUAAAAAAAAAGAUUCCUAUUUGGACCCAGAUCUGGUUUAAUCACAGUAAACUUUCUCUGAGAGUGAUGCUCUUUGAGUUUGUCUUCCUGCGUGUCUUAAUGCCGCUUUUUUUAUUAUUCUGCUCUGCUUUUGGCUGUUUAAUAUAAAAAGUUGUGACACUGGGUAUUUAAUGAUGAUUUAGCGGUGUACUUCCGUCACUACUUCCUGGUUAUUAACCUCUCACCCUUUGGUUUGUGUCUGUAGUCCAACCAUCUCACUCAGCCUUUCAAACUGCCGCUCACUGUAGUCAAUGAGAAACAAACAGUACUCAAAAUAACAUUGAAAUAAUGUCUUUGUAUGAUAUACUAAAAACUAUGUAUGUGGGUUUGUUUAAUUUUUUCAGUUUUAAAAAUAAAUAUUUCAACUCAUUAAUA